GCGUGGGCGGUAUAUAGGGACGGGACGCCUCAUCGCGCCGCCACCCACAAACGCCGUUCGCUCGUCCCCCACCCUCCCUCUCUCUCUCUCUCUCUCGUCGGUGCGAGCGCAGCUGUCGACGACCCUCCUCCGACUCGUCGCUUCACAGAUUAGGUUUUUAAAUGGACGAAAUAGAAUUCUUUUUGGACGGAUAUAGCAUGGCCUACCUGAGAAGGAAGUAUUCAUGCUUGUGGUCAGCUUGACUGAUAUCAAACAAUGGCGGAACACUUGGCUUCAAUAUUUGGUACAGAGAAAGACAGGGUCAACUGUCCAUUUUACUUCAAGAUUGGAGCUUGUCGUCAUGGCGAUCGCUGCUCUCGCAUCCAUAACAGGCCAACCAUAUCACCUACUAUUGUGCUCAUGAACAUGUAUCAGCGCCCUGAUAUGAUUACCCCUGGGGUUGAUGCUCAAGGCCAGCCGAUAGAUCCCCGCAAGAUGCAGGAGCAUUUUGAAGAUUUUUAUGAGGAUAUCUUUGAGGAACUGAGCAAGUUUGGUGAGAUUGAGACCCUCAACGUCUGUGACAACCUUUCUGAUCACAUGAUAGGCAAUGUGUAUGUCCAGUUCAGAGAGGAAGAUCAGGCAGCAGCAGCUCAUACCGCCCUUCAGGGACGCUUUUACUCUGGUCGCCUAAUAAUUGUUGACUUCUCUCCUGUGACGGACUUCCGUGAAGCGACCUGCAGGCAGUAUGAGGAGAACACCUGCACUCGUGGUGGGCACUGCAAUUUCAUGCAUGUGAAGCAGAUAGGUAAGGAUCUCAGGAAGAAACUCUUUGGGCGCUACAGGAGAUCGCAAAGAGGAAGGAGCCGCAGCCCAAGCCCACACCAUAGGAGAGAGCGUCGUGACCGUGAUGACUAUCGUGGCCGUGAUGAUUUCCGUCGCGGUGGUGGCGGCGGUGGCGGUGGACGGAGGGGUGGGAGCAGCAGGCAUGAAAGGCACGACGAUGGAGGAAGGCGUAGGUAUGGAGGCAGCCCUCCGAGGCGUGCAAGAAGCCCUGUGAGGGAGAACAGCGAGGAGCGCAGGGCCAAGAUCGAACAGUGGAAUCGUGAGAGGGAGGCGAAGUAAGGGUGACCACUGUCGUCUGGGUGUGUCCUGUGCUGUUCUUCUAUAUAUUGGUUUUCGUUCUGUAGUUGCUACUAUGCUUGAUUUGCUUUUCUGUUCCUGUAAUUUAGGUGACUUCACCCUGAGACUUUGAAAUUGUCACUAGUGUGCUGCCGGAAACUUACGUUUUAGCUACUUCGAACUUAAUCGUACUAUAGUUGUUUCCCAUUUUUC